AUGGCCCCCGGAUGGCUCGAAAAUUUUAUCGUCCGCGUAGACGCCACCCCGGACAAACGCCGCACCGAAGAGACACCUGCUCUGGAAAUCCACUAUACCGCACUCAAAGAUCACCGCCGUGUUCUCGGCGUCAAUGGCGACAAGACGCCGCGCUACGAAGUCAAACGGCAAGCCAUCCUCGGGGCCUGGGGAGACAAGUGCCAUGUCACAUCACCCGCGAACGGGGGGCAGGAAGUAGCCGUAUUCGAUUUCCACACGCUACCUGCUCAGACCGAGAUUCGACUUUCACAACGUGGGCUCCAGAUCAACAUCAAAGCAAACGAGGGGAAGUACGAAUCCGGCGAGCUGGGUCAUUUGCAUUGGAAGGCGACGGGUAUGAAGGCCUAUGGUCGGGCGUCGUGGGAGGUUAGGGAUGAGACGGAGAUGGUCUUGUCUGUCACGGUUGACGAUCACCAAGUCAAUGGUAUGAUUUGUGUCUGGAAGAAAAAUCUUGUCCCGGAUACUGUUGAGGAACUUGUCAUGGUUGGGCUUUCCAAAAUUGAGGAGUACAGAAGAAUGUUGCGGAACGCUAAGAUAUCGAGCAUAGGAGUUGCUGCUAAUGCGUCGUGGUUGGCAUCGUAA